CCAUUGAGAUAAGAAAAUCUUGCAUAUAGUAACCAAAAAUAAUUACAAUAAUAAUUGCAUUUUCCUUUUCUUUUCAUCACUCAUCAACUAAGCUGAGUUCCUCAGCCAUGGCUUCUGCUUGUGCUUCCUCUGCCAUUGCAGCUGUUGCCAUCUCUUCCCCAAGUUCUCAGAAGAAUGGAUCACAGUUGGGAACCACAAAAGCUUCAUUUCUUAGUGGAAGGAAGCUGAAGUUGAACAACUUCACAGCACCAACUACUGGAGCUAGAUCCAGCACCACAGUGUGUGUAGCAGCUGAUCCUGAUAGGCCCCUUUGGUUCCCCGGCAGCACUCCUCCGCCUUGGCUCGAUGGCAGUCUCCCCGGAGACUUUGGAUUUGAUCCUCUAGGACUUGGAUCUGACCCAGAGAGCCUAAGAUGGAAUGUUCAAGCAGAGCUUGUGCACUGCAGAUGGGCUAUGUUAGGCGCCGCCGGCAUCUUCAUCCCGGAAUUCCUAACUAAGAUUGGGAUCCUAAACACACCUUCAUGGUAUACUGCUGGGGAGCAAGAGUACUUCACAGACACCACCACACUCUUCAUAGUUGAGCUCAUCUUCAUCGGCUGGGCCGAGGGACGAAGAUGGGCUGAUAUCAUCAAGCCAGGCUGUGUUAACACUGACCCUAUCUUCCCUAACAACAAGCUCACCGGAACUGAUGUAGGGUAUCCCGGUGGCCUAUGGUUUGACCCUCUCGGAUGGGGUAGCGGUUCACCUGAGAAGAUCAAGGAGUUGAGAACAAAGGAGAUCAAGAAUGGAAGGUUGGCCAUGUUGGCUGUUAUGGGAGCAUGGUUCCAGCACAUUUACACCGGCACCGGCCCUAUCGACAACCUCUUUGCACACCUUGCUGAUCCUGGCCAUGCUACUGUUUUCGCCGCUUUCACUCCCAAGUGAGAAUGUUAAGGACAAUUGUGAGUGAGAUUGUGCAAGCCUGUAAUGAGAAACAUUGAUGAAACAUGGUUUUGUAACUAAUGUGGCUACUUCUAUAUCAAUGUUAUGCACAGAUUGAUAAUUGAAUGUACAAAUUCUUAUUUUA